AUGGAAAAUAGAAAAUACACACGGGAGGAGUUUUUUGACCUGUCGAACGAAAGGUUAUUGCAAAAUCCUGUUGAAAACAAAACAAAUACUAAAAGUUUUAAAGGCCAACCCCUGUUGAAUGAAAUUGAUGGUUCAGAGCUGAUUAGCAAACCGGCAGAAUUGAGCAGCAGUUCCACGGAACUGGUACGGUACCACUCCGUGGUAGAAUUGGAUGAAAACGAUGACGAUUUCGAUAGCUGUAAGGAUUCCACGGACAAUGUUAACCAGCGGCCUAAGAUUGGUUGGCAUUUAGCCCAACCGGAACUCUCCAACUUUGUACAGAAGAAAUCGAUCGCUCAAGGUAUGAUGGACCUGGCCUUGGUGUCAGCUAACACCAACCAACUCCGUUACGUGAUAGACAUCGGCCAGAGGCAUCCGUAUUUCUACACCAGUAUGGCCCUAAUCAUCACGAGUUUAGUGAUGCAGUUAAUCGUUGGCCUUGCACUAAUCUACAACAGCCGGUUUAACAUAAGAAAGAAACGAGAGAUGCAAUCUGCCGAUCGCAUCAACGAUCUGUCCGUGAUCGGAGUGUUUUUGAUCACACUUGUCAACGUAUUUAUCUCGACGUUCAAUGGAUCAAACUCAGACCUUUACUCAGCAGAAGCAACUGCAGUGUCAAGCGAUGUGACGAAUUCUGCGCUAAAUAUGGCAGACCCACAGAAUGGAACCAUUUCCAGUAUGCCUGCUAACGGUGUCGAUGGAAUAUGA